CACAACAACACUUUUAACUUUCUUCCCAAAAAAAAUAAAAAUAAUAAAUCACUCUGUUUAAUGCCCAACUGAUGUAAAUCCCCACACGCAACUGAAUAUUAAUUGUGUUAUACCAAGACAAGUACAUACGACAACUACAACAAGCAAGUCAGGACUAGCGUUCGUCAGGCUACUGUCUACUACAGGCAUCCCGUCUGCUCACUAAAAGGACGUCUUCAUCGGUCCACGUACAAAAAGGGUAUCUCUUUUCGUGUUUCCCAAAUUUACAUCCAUUUACGGGUCAGGAGUUAAUUCACGUCCAACUAUCUCCCGUCACCUCAGGUCAAAUGCAAGGCGGCCGUACCCAGCACACAACGAAGUGUGAGACUGUUUUUGUAUCGAAUUACGGCCUUUCCCAAUUCAGAAAAGAAAUGGAUAAUUGGGAUCCUAUAAAAGAAUCUUUUGAAGAUAUUUCCUUCAACAGCUACAAUCAAGGGGUAGGAAAAGAUUUGGCUGAGUCAGGCUAUAAAAAGCGAAUACAAUUAUAUGUGACAAAUAUCCCACCUACAUUAGGAAAGGAAGGUUUUGCAAACCUUUUUUCUGAGUAUGGAAAAGUUCUGGAUGCUGUUGUGUUCUCUUCACAAACUCAUAAAGGGCAAUAUGGCUUUGUAACAAUGGAGAAGACAGAAGAAGCAGCAUUGGCAAUAGAAAAAUUAAAUAAGCGUAUUCUUGAAAGGACUUAUACAUUGAAUGUCUCUAUUGCACUGACCAAGGAUGAAAAGGAGAAAAGAAAAAAAUUGCGAUCUGAAAUGGAUUACAAGUCCAGCAGUAAAGAAAAAGAUGAUGUAUCAUCUGUGCGAAGUUAUUCAUCUAGGACCACAGGAUCUUCCUCUGCUAGAGAUUCACUUUCAAGGAAUUUUUCAGGACAAACAUCAGACAGAAGUGAAAGACAAUCCCUAUCAAAGACUGCUUUAGAAGAUGAGAGAAAAAGUAUCAACCCUGUAGGCAGUAUAGGGCGUGGUCAGUUAGGAGCAUUGAUAAACAAAGAAUCAAUUCUGUUUCAAAAAGACAGAGGUUCUCAGAAUGUUGGCAGAGGGAGAGGAGCUCCUUUUGGUCAUCAGGAUGAAGUAGGUCAAACACCUACUGGACUAACUAGCCUCAUUGGUUUGUCAGGAAAUGUCCACAAUACCGGGCAUAAGGAUGGAACUAGUAUCAUGAAAUCCUUUCUGGCUCCAGGAGCAAAAAUCAAUGAAGUUCCCAAUGAAAAAUUGUGCUUGUAUUGCCACAAAGAAGGUUGUGUGAAUCUUUGUUCUCGCUGCAAGUUAUACUACUGUUCUCCUGACUGUCAGAAAAAAGACUGGCCAAAACAUAAAAGUAUAUGUGCUAUUGUGGGGGAAGCAAGGAGUGAAGCGAGAGAUACAACCAUGCCUCAGAAACAUGACAAGGGAGACUUUCCUGAGACAGAUGUUGAUGCUGGUCAGUCAAACAUGCUGAGGACAAAGGGCAACAAAAGUAACAGAACUUAUGAAAGUGAUUCUGAAUUUGGGAGCAGAAAAAAAUCUGGCAGGUUUAAAACAUUUAAGAAAGACAGAGAGUCAUCAGCAAAAAGUUUCCAUAAACAAAAUAGAAAUUCUGCUCCACAAGCCGAAGAAGAUAAAUUUCCAUACAACUGCGUCACUCUAAAUAAGGGCGAUGAGGGACAGGGGUUUGUAACCUAUUAUGAAACACCUAACAAAUUUUGGAUCAUUCUGCAAGCUUAUUUGGUUGAACAAGAGGAGCAUACAAAUCUUAUGGCUAGUACAUUGCAAGCUGCAUGUAAUGCUCCAGUGCAACCAAAAAUAGGGGAUUUAUAUGGCACACUGCAUUUGGGGGAAUGGAAAAGAGUUAAAGUUGAAUCUAUGAAGGGUCAAGAAGUAGUAGCCUUUUAUAUUGACUACGGCUAUAGUGACACUGUUAAGAUAGAAAACUUGAGGCUGCUGACACCAGACACCUUAGCACUACCAGCACAGGCAGUUUGUUGUUCUGUACACAAGUUUACAUCUAACAUCGUCAAUGACAAGGCUUGUCUGGCAAUCAAGCAAUGGUUUGGUAAACCAAUGACAAAAUGUCUCAAAUUUAAAGUCAUGGCAGUAGAAAAUUCUGUGUAUGAAAUGCAACUUUUUAUUGAUAAAGAAUCUGUUACAGACAUGCUUGCAUCAAAGGGGCUAAGUCAUUGUUUAACAGAGCAGCAGAAGAAGCCUGCUAACAGUUUCAGCAGUUUUAAAUCAAAAGUAGCUGAAGGUUCACAGAGACUGAUGGUCACCAGUCUGAAAGAUGGAAGAAAUGAUCUAAAGAGGGGCGAUGAGAUCCAAGUUCUCUUCACUGAUAUUACGUCUGUGGAUCAGUUUGCUGCUUUAAAUAAGGAUUCUCACAUCCACAUCCCACUCAUCACAGAGCUAAUGCAACAAGAGGAGACCAGAAGCAAGGUAGCAUACAGGCCAGUUGCAGGAGAGCUUGUGAUAGCCAAGUUUUCUGGAGACCAGUGCUGGUACAGAUGUCAAGUGCUGCAUGUUGAUGAAGAAAAUUGUGCCUUGUACUUCAUUGACUUUGGCAAUUCUGAAAUUCAAAGUUUGGACAACAUCCGACAAGCCACCAGUGAAAAGGUUUUGGAGAUUCCUGUCCUAGCUUUGAAAUGUGCACUGUAUGGUGUGAAAGUACCAGACAAUAUAUCAGCUGAUUGUGUUGAUAAGGAAUUUAAGUCGAUCCUGAAUGACUUCCAGAAGGAAGAAUGUACAAGCACUCUACUAGUUAAAGAGAAUGCAGCAAAACUAAUGGUAGAUGUUCUGUCAAAAACCAGGAAGUCUUUAUCUGAUGAGCUUAAUAAAAGACUUGUAGAACUGAGUGCUGAAAAAUUGCAACAAUUAAAAAAACGAAACAACAAUCGAGGCAGCUCUAGGUUGUCAGAUUCAGUUCCACAAGCUUGCAAGCUAGCACAGUCCAGCCUAAAGACAGAGGUGGCUACAGACAUUAAAACAGAGAGUCUCCCACUGGGGCAGAAAAUACGUGUCAAUGUCUCAUUUGUCAAUAACUGCAGUGAUUUCUAUGUGCGACUAGACAGCAAUAAUGAAAAGUUUAAAAGCAUGAUGAAGGAUUUAAAUGAAAGCAUAUCCUCAGCACCAGCUGUAGCCCGCCCAUCUGUUGGGUGUUUUGCUGGCGUCAAGUUCAGUGUUGAUCAUGUCUGGUACAGAGGACGAGUGGAGAAAAUGUACGGGGACGAGUGCCAAGUUCUCUUUAUAGACUACGGCAAUACUGAGAGAAUGCUGGUGUCAAGUCUAAGAGAAAUCCCACAAGGACUUGACUCACUGCCUGCACAAGCCAUUCACUGUCAACUAGAUGGCAAACCUGAAAUGUUCACCACACAGGCUCAUGAUAAGUUUAAAAAGUUUGUAGAGAAUGAGAUGGUGGACAUUCAAGUGCUGAGACAGGACCAGAAUGGCUUCUCUGUACAGAUGUUUGCACCUGAUGGGGCUGACAUACUAGCAUUACUUGUUGGGGCUUACAAAGUAAUUCCAGAAGAAGCACCCAAGAAGAUAUCCAAUCUAGUUUUAGAAAAUAAGGUGCCAUUGAAAGUAGAGUGUGUCAAUAUGAUGAGUGCAUCCCAGUUUUAUGUUCAAGUCUGUGACCAUGUGACUUCAAUAGCAGAAUCUAUGAUUGGGUUAAAUAAACGUUUACAAGACAAGGCAGAAGUGUUGAGGACAGUGAGUGUUGGAGACUUUGUUGCUUCUGGCUUCAGCCAGGACGAGGAGCCUAUCUGGUAUCGUGUGAGAGUAGACGGUGUUAGAGGUGACAAGUGUUCAGUAUUCUUUGUGGAUUAUGGCAACUCUGAGGAAACAUUGAAGUCUUCUCUCAGGAAAUUAUCUGAGGAAGAUUUUAUUUUACCUGCCUGCACCAUCAAAUGUCGCCUUAAUGGCUGCACUAGAGCUGAUGCAGAAAUGGAUAAAAAGUUUGCAACUUUAGGACAGAACAUGAUUGACAGCAUCCAGGUGGUUAGUCAAACUGCUGAUGAAUAUAUUGUUGAUGUCUUAGACUGUGAUGGUAAAUGCAUCACAGAAAUGUUUUUACCCAAAGCUUUGCCCCAGACAAAGCAAGAGGUAAAAAUGGAAAAGACGAGCCCAGUGACCGGUGUAAAAGAGCACUGUAUUGACCAGAUGACAUUACCCAAUACAGCUGAGCUUGUCCCAGUCUUUGUCACUCACAUUGAUUCCUGUUCAAGUAUUUAUGUCUGUAGGAGAGAUCUGAACUUUGAAUCUGAUCUACUGGAGCUGAUGAUUGAGUUGAACAAGGUCUCCGGCUCAAUGCCGUUAGUGAAAGAUCUGAAAGUUGGCAUGAAGUGUGCGGCCAGGUUUAGCCAGGACAGCAGCUGGUACAGAGCCCAAGUGCUGGAGAUACUCAACUCAGUCACAGCCGUUGUCCAGUUCAUUGACUUUGGUAACUGUGAAGAAACUCUGAGAGCAGAUCUUCGAGUGCUGGAUCCAUCCUUCACAAAACUGCCCCAGCAAGCUAUCAGGUGCUGCUUGUUUGGCUAUGAAACACAACUGGGAUCCCACUCACCCCCAUCAAGUCCAGAGUUGAUGAAAAAGUUAAAAGCAGACCUACUGGAGCAGCAAGUCAAUAUUAAAAUAGUCAAACAAAUUGCUGAUACAUGGGUUGUCAGCAUUGAAAAUGAACAUGGUGAAUCCAUAAGUGGGGUAUAUCAGCCCCCAUCAUCUGUGAGUGUACCUGUGCCACUCCUGUCAGACCUCAUCACUGAAACACCUUCUGAAAGAGAAUUUGAUGUCAUCUUCUGUCACAUUGAAAGUUUCAGUGAAUUUUAUUGUCAAAGAUUGAAACAUGAAGAGGUCCUGGAACUGCAGAUGUUGGGAGAGAAGAUUGCUGAAGAUGUAGCUCAACUGGCUGCUGUUGGGGAGCCCAUUGUAAAUGGUGUUUAUGCUAGUGAGUUUUAUGGCAGCUGGUACAGGUGUGUUGUCUUGGAGCUUCACAGCACCAAAGCACUUAUCAAAUAUAUUGAUUAUGGAAAUGUGGAACUGAAGGAAAUAAGUGAACUACGACCGUUAUCCAGUGAGAGAUUAUCUUUACCUGUAAGACUCAUCAAGUGCAAACUUUAUGGUGUUGAGCCAGUGUAUCCCCAGUGGAAGAGUCCAGAAGUUGUAGAAUACAUUGAAAUACUCCGCCAGCGCCAUGCACAUUUGGUCAUAAGAGAAGAGGAAGAAGAUAUGUAUCAUGUUUCACUCUUUCUGCUGGAAGGCUCUGAGAAAGUCAAUGUGGCUGCAGAUCUUGUGGGCAUCAAGGUGGCCAAAUUUAUUGCCCAAACUAUCAGUCCGCCCAAAGCCUCCCCAACUCCAAAACAGACUGUGAGCCCUGUAAAAAUUGUGAGCCCUCAAAAAGCUGUCACCCCCCAAAAAGUGAUGGCACCCCAACAGGCAGUGGCUCCACUACAGAUCAGAGGUCCUCAACCAGCUUUAUCCCCAAAGCAGCUAUUUGAAGAAAAGGAUGAAGAGGAUGAAGAUGAAAUCCAACAAAAAAUUGAGGAGUUGCAGAGACAACUUGCCUUAGCUAAACUUAAAAAGAAAACAAAAAAUUAAUCUGAUCUGCUUAAAAAAAUGAAUUAUUUAUUUCAUUCUUGUUUUCUGAGCUAAAAAAAAAAGUCCAGACAAGUUAUGGUUAAAAUAUUUAAGCUUUAAAAAAAACUUAGUUUUUUUAGCCUGUUUGGCAUUUGAAACUUUUUCUUUUGUUUAUGUUUAUGUACAGUUAUUUAGCAUGUUUGAUUUUAAAGCUAUCACUAUCAGUGUUCAUAU